AUGUACUGGAAUAUGGCCAUGGACACGCUGAUCAGCCAAACAUUUCUGAUCAUCCUCUGCUACAGCAUCGAGCGGAUUAUCGCGAUGCGAAAUACGCACGAUUACGAGGAAAUGUCGGCGCGACCAAUAUUGGCCAUCGGACUCUACAUGGGAUCGCUGAUCUACUCGUUUAUGCUGAUCGUUUUGUACAACCUGGGAAUACCGGCCCAGCUCGCUUACGGGGCUCAAUAUGUACUCUUUACAAUAGCGGCUGUAUUUUUCGUUUUUCUACAUAUUCGCUGCAAGAAAGAGUACCUUCGCGUUGCGGCUUUCAGGGAAGCCACCGUUGCCCAGCGGUUCGACACGGUCAGAAACCUGAAGGCCUCCGAGCUAUUGGUAAAAGUGGCUCCGUUCAAGUGCCUGACAAAUUUCUUUGUUCUCUCGACAUAUUAUUGGAUCUGGGAGGGGCGCAGCCUCGAUCAUUUGCCCUUAUACUCCACCUUUUAUUUCUAUGUGAGCCACCUGCAGCUACUCUCGCAAAUGGCCCUUACAAUCUAUGGCCACUCAAUGCUCCGCGAAAGCUUCUGGGCUCUCAUUGGUCAUAAGGGCGCUGAGAAGCCGGAACAAGUGCGCGACGUGCUUGGUCGGCGAAUGAUUUUCGCCGGGGAUGAGCAGGCUCAG